UCGUUAACAAUCACAUUUGGAGACUACUCCAAAUCCAUUUGAUAGUAUAAAACUAAACACGAAACGACUCCAACAAUGUAUCGCUCUGCUUAUCAGAAAGGUUUUCUCACAGUUCUCUACAGUGUGGGCAGUUCACCCCUGGAGAAGUGGUCUUCCUAUACCAAAAAUGGUUACAUCAAGCGAAUCUACGAUGAGGAUAUCAAGUCUCUGGUACUGGAGAUAAUGGGUUCCAAUGUGUCGACCACAUUCAUCCACUGCCCCAGUGAGUGCAAGGAACAGCUCGGCAUCAAGCUGCCGUUUUUGGUGCUUCUGAUUAAGAAUAUGCAUAAAUAUUUUUGCUUCGAAGUUAAGAUUCAAGAUGAUCAGCGUUUCAUGCGCCGCUUUCGGGUAUCAAACUUCCAGAGCAAGACUUCUGUGAAGCCGUUCUGCACCGCCAUGCCAAUGGGCAUGUCGCCUGGCUGGAACCAGAUUCAAUUUAAUCUCGCUGAUUUCACACGACGCGCCUAUGGCUCCAACUAUCUGGAGACCGUAUCGCUACAGAUACAUGCCAAUGUGCGCAUCCGCCGCGUCUACUUUGCUGACAAGCUCUACACGGAGGCAGAGCUCCCCAAUGAUUACCGCUUGAUGGGCAAGCCCAAGGAUUUGAAGAAGCCGGAGAAGCAGUUUAAGGUUCCCGCAACCGCUCGUCCUCCAUCGCCUCUGAAUACGGCACGUGGUGAAGGACCUGUGAAGGCAUCCCAGCCCGAGGCGCCUGUUCAGGAAUCGGAGCCUGAGGCUGCUCCGGAGUUAAAGAAGGCACCGUCGCCUUCCAUCUCUGUGGGCGUGGCUUCGGCUGCUCCGGAGCCCGCGGCCGAGGAGCCUCCUACACAGACCGAAGCCACAGAAGAGGCCUACUACUAGCAUUAUAUUUAAGUUUAUGUGUUCAUUGUUAAUUUAGUUAAGCAGCAGGGCAGGGGGCAGGUCACGAUCUAUAAAAUUAUCAGUCGUAGAUACAUAAAAUGGUUUAUUUUAACCAAACUCUACUCUAC